AUGUCUCUGAACCAGAUGCAAAUCAAGCAGGAGCUGCAGCUCCCCCCCGGCUUGGGUAAAACCACCCCAAAACAGAGCCCGGAGCAUCCCCAAAUCCCGAUCCCAGAACAGGGAAAAGGGGAAGCUGCGGAGGCUGCGGUGCCCCGGGGCCCGCCCCAGGAGCAGCAAACCCAAAUCCCUCCGGCAUUCCAGAACCCCGAGCCUGCUCCGCGCCUGGAAGAGAAAUCCCACCAGGAACCGACGCUGGAAAAGCAGGAGGCCAAGGAGAUCCCGGUUCCCGUUCCCGUUCCCUGCUCCGAGGCUGCAGCGUGCGCCCAGGAGACGCAGCAGGUCCAGGAAAUCCCGGUGUCCAUCCCAGAAAAGCAGGAACGCAAGGAAAUCCCGGUGUCCAUCCCAGAAAAGCAGGAACGCAAGGAAAUCCCGCUGUCUAUCCCAGAAAAGCAGGAACGCAAGGAAAUCCCGGUGUCCAUCCCAGAAAAGCAGGAACGCAAGGAAAUCCCGCUGUCUAUCCCAGAAAAGCAGGAACGCAAGGAAAUCCCGGUGUCCAUCCCAGAAAAGCAGGAACGCAAGGAAAUCCCGGUGUCCAUCCCUGAUCCACAUCCUCACCCUGUUCCAUGCUCCCAGGAGAAGCAGCAGUGUCAGGAAAUGCCAGUUUCCAUCCCUGACCCUGUCCCGUGUGCCCAGGAAAAGCAGGAAUGCAAGGAAAUCCCGGUGUCCAUCCCAGAAAAGCAGGAAUCCAAGGACACCCCUGUCCCCGUCCCAGUUUCAUGCCCUGAGCCCACUCCAUGUGCCCAGGAAAAACAGGAAUGCAAGGAAAUCCCGGUGUCCAUCCCGGAAAAACAGGAAUGCAAGGAAAUCCCGGUGUCCAUCCCGGAGAAACAGGAAUCCAAGGACACCCCUGUCCCCAUCCCAGUCCCAGUCCCACAGCCAGCCCCGAGUUCCCAGGAAAAACAGGAACUCCAGGAGAUCCCGGUGCCCGCCCCGAGUUUCCAGGAAAAGCAGGAAUUCCAGGAGAUCUCGGAGCAGCGCUCCCUUCCCGAAAAAUUCCCUCCCCUGGAGCAGCAGCUGGAGCAGCCCGGCCCGUGGCAGAAAUAG